GGUGCUGCGGCUGCCUUCCGGUCUCCGGCCCCUGACCCUCCCAGGACCCGUGAUGCCAAGGCCGCUGCAACGGGCGACGCGCAGCCGGGGCUGAGCCCCAAGUGAGCUGAGGGCUCGCGCUCUUCUGGUCUCCCGGGCCCGCCCCACCUGAAGAAAUGAGUGGUGGAUUGGCCCCAAGUAAAAGCACAGUGUAUGUAUCCAACCUGCCCUUUUCCCUGACCAACAAUGACUUAUAUCGGAUAUUUUCCAAGUAUGGCAAAGUUGUAAAGGUUACUAUAAUGAAAGAUAAAGAUACCAGGAAGAGUAAAGGGGUUGCAUUCAUUUUAUUUCUGGAUAAGGACUCUGCACAAAACUGUACCAGGGCAAUAAACAACAAACAGUUAUUUGGUAGAGUGAUAAAAGCAAGCAUUGCUAUUGACAAUGGAAGAGCAGCUGAGUUCAUCCGAAGACGAAACUACUUUGAUAAAUCUAAGUGUUAUGAAUGUGGGGAAAGUGGACACUUAAGUUACGCGUGUCCUAAAAAUAUGCUUGGAGAACGUGAACCUCCAAAGAAGAAAGAGAAAAAGAAAAAAAAGAAAAUUCCUGAACCAGAGGAAGAAAUUGAAGAAGUAGAAGAAAGUGAAGAUGAAGGGGAAGAUCCUGCUCUUGACAGCCUCAGUCAGGCCAUAGCUUUCCAGCAAGCCAAAAUUGAAGAAGAACAAAAUAAGUGGAAGCCCAGUUCAGGGGGUCCCUCGACGUCCGAUGACUCAAGACGCCCAAGGAUAAAGAAAAGCGCUUAUUUCAGUGAUGAGGAGGAGCUUAGUGAUUAAAAUUAUCUAUAUUAUGUAAAUAUCAUUAAAAAAUUUUUAAAAUCUUGGAGUACCAAGUUCCAUUGGGACUAAAGAUUACUUUUGGAAUUUGAACAUAAGAACACGUAGUACCAAAUAGUUUUUUACUUUAAAAUAGUUCAUAGAGAAUUGAAAAGUAAUUCUAAAGUAUCAUGUUUAUCUUGCAUCAAGAUUUGCUAAUAAUCAUUCAUCUUGAAAACAGUUCAUUUGAAUAAAAAAGAAAACUUAAUACUAUCAUAAUAAUGCUAUUGUCAUCCCAAGAAAAAAGGUAGAUAGUAAAAAAGAUUUGUUUAAGAAGUUCGUUAUAAAAGUUUAUUCAUGAUUUGCUUAUAUGAGGACUUUUGAAAU